CUCCCACCCCCUCCAGAAGUCGGAGUGCUGUUUUUGUUGUUGGUGAAAGGUGAGGGGAACAGCUGAUCCGACUGUUGGAAGACAGAUAUCUCAAGGCCAGAAUGGAAGAAUCACCACUAAGCCGGGCACCAUCCCCUGGUGGAGUCAACUUUCUGAAUGUAGCCCGGACCUACAUCCCCAACACCAAAGUGGAAUGUCAUUACACCCUUCCCCCAGGCACCAUGCCCAGUGCCAGUGACUGGAUUGGCAUCUUCAAGGUGGAGGCUGCCUGUGUUCGGGAUUACCACACAUUUGUGUGGUCUUCCGUGCCUGAAAGUACAACUGAUGGUUCCCCCAUUCACACCAGUGUCCAGUUCCAAGCCAGCUACCUGCCCAAACCAGGAGCUCAGCUCUACCAGUUCCGAUAUGUGAACCGCCAGGGCCGGGUGUGUGGGCAGAGCCCCCCUUUCCAGUUCCGAGAGCCAAGGCCCAUGGAUGAACUGGUGACCCUGGAGGAGGCUGAUGGGGGCUCUGACAUCCUGCUGGUUGUCCCCAAGGCAACUGUGUUACAGAACCAGCUCGAUGAGAGCCAGCAAGAACGGAAUGACCUGAUGCAGCUGAAGCUGCAGCUGGAGGGACAGGUGACAGAGCUGAGGAGCCGAGUGCAGGAGCUCGAGAGGGCUCUGGCAACUGCCAGGCAGGAGCACACGGAGCUGAUGGAACAGUACAAGGGGAUUUCCCGGUCCCAUGGGGAGAUCACAGAAGAGAGGGACAUCCUGAGCCGGCAACAGGGAGACCAUGUGGCACGCAUCCUGGAGCUAGAGGAUGACAUCCAGACCAUCAGUGAGAAAGUGCUGACGAAGGAAGUGGAGCUGGACAGGCUUAGAGACACAGUGAAGGCCCUGACUCGGGAACAAGAGAAGCUCCUUGGGCAACUGAAAGAAGUACAAGCAGACAAGGAGCAAAGCGAGGCUGAGCUCCAAGUGGCACAACAGGAGAAUCAUCGCUUAAAUUUGGACCUGAAGGAGGCCAAGAGCUGGCAAGAGGAGCAGAGUGCUCAGGCCCAGCGACUGAAAGACAAGGUGGCCCAGAUGAAGGACACCCUAGGCCAGGCCCAGCAGCGGGUGGCUGAGCUGGAGCCCUUGAAGGAGCAGCUUCGAGGGGCCCAGGAGCUUGCAGCCUCAAGCCAGCAGAAAGCCACCCUUCUUGGGGAGGAGUUGGCCAGCGCAGCAGCAGCCAGGGACCGCACCAUAGCCGAACUACACCGCAGCCGCCUGGAAGUGGCUGAAGUUAACGGCAGGCUGGCUGAGCUCGGUUUGCACUUGAAGGAAGAAAAAUGCCAAUGGAGCAAGGAGCGGGCAGGGCUGCUGCAGAGUGUGGAGGCAGAGAAGGACAAGAUCCUGAAGCUGAGUGCAGAGAUACUUCGAUUGGAGAAGGCAGUUCAGGAGGAGAGGACCCAAAACCAAGUGUUCAAGACUGAGCUGGCCCGGGAAAAGGAUUCUAGCCUGGUACAGUUGUCAGAAAGUAAGCGGGAGCUGACAGAGCUGCGGUCAGCCCUGCGUGUGCUCCAGAAGGAAAAGGAGCAGUUACAGGAGGAGAAGCAGGAAUUGCUAGAGUACAUGAGAAAGCUAGAGGCCCGCCUGGAGAAGGUGGCAGAUGAGAAGUGGAAUGAGGAUGCCACCACAGAGGAUGAGGAGGCUGCUGCGGGGCUGAGCUGCCCGGCAGCUCUGACAGACUCAGAGGACGAGUCCCCAGAAGACAUGAGGCUGCCAUCCUAUGGCCUUUGUGAGCGUGGAGACCCAGGCUCCUCUCCUGCUGGGCCUCGAGAGGCUUCUCCCCUUGUUGUCAUCAGUCAGCCGGCUCCCAUUUCUCCUCACCUCUCUGGGCCAGCUGAGGACAGUAGCUCUGACUCGGAGGCUGAGGAUGAGAAGUCAGUCCUGAUGGCAGCUGUGCAGAGUGGGGGUGAGGAGGCCAACUUGCUGCUUCCUGAACUGGGCAGUGCCUUCUAUGACAUGGCCAGUGGCUUUACAGUGGGUCCCCUGUCAGAAACCAGCACUGGGGGCCCUGCCACCCCCACAUGGAAGGAGUGUCCUAUCUGUAAGGAGCGCUUUCCUGCUGAGAGUGACAAGGAUGCCCUGGAGGACCACAUGGAUGGACACUUCUUUUUCAGCACCCAGGACCCCUUCACCUUUGAGUGAUCUUACGCCCUUGUACAUGCACAAAUGCACACUCAUGCACACACACACACACACGCAUACACUUAGGUUUCAUGCACAUUUUCUAGCACACUGGGCUCCAUGAUAUUCUGUUCCCUAAGAACCGCUUCUGUGUGCCCGUUUUCAUCCCAAGAUUUCUCACUUCAUCCUCUCCUACCUGGCUCUUUUGUCCCAGGGAGGAGUCCUGUUCGGAAGCAGUGGCUGAAUUUACCCCCUGAAAGUGGUUUUGGAGGAACCGGGAUGGAGGAGGCCUUCCCUUGUGGGAAUAGAAUCGUCCACUCCUAGCCCUGGUUACUUCUGAUACACAGCCACUGCACACACACACUCACACUCACACUCCCUUGUCUGAUGCCCCAAAGCCAAUUCCUGGGGCACCCUACCCUCUCUUAUUUGAGGUUUCUGUUUGUUUACCUGAGUUUUCUCUGGGGCCUGCGUAGAGGCAGCAGCAUGGACAUCACGGCCUCUCAGGUCCCUUUUGGUUUUCAGCUUCAUUGGUUCCUCUUUCUGUUCCCCCAUUGCCUUCUGUGCCCCACUCCAGCCUUUUCCAUAACCUUAGGUAUUCAGUUUGGAGGGGUUUUUUGUAUUUUUGAGGAUUCCUGUAUUCUGUAUCCUGUCCUCGCAUCUCCUCACAUGGAAAGAAAUACUGUAUUUGUGCCUUCUGUGAGGGAUGGGGGGAACAAGUGGUCCCAGGUAUCCCUAUUUCCAAGCCCCCGCUCCCUCUCCAGGUCCCCCCACAGCAAUAAAAGCUUCCCCCUGAUAUCCAUCCGUUUGUAGUUUGAACAAAUAUAUUUAUAUGAUAUAUA